AUGUACGAUCGAAUGCUCCGCUACAAACGAAUUUUCGUUGAACCGCGAGAUAAACUGCAGUUCACCAAGGUGUUCUCAGAUUAUCGAACUGCAGCCGCGAUCACACCCAUGUCUGCCAACGAUAUUCACGGUGCAGCUCUUUUUGCUGUGAUGCGUGGUCGAGCCAGUGAGGGUAUGGAUUUAGCCGACUAUGCUGGUCGCGGUGUGGCCAUUUUGGGAUUGCCCUAUCCACCUUUUAUGGAUCCACGAGUCAAACUCAAGAUGGCUUAUCUGGAUGAACAACACACAGAGAUAAUGAAUUGGAAUUCGAGUAAAACGAACACCUGUGAGAUUCCAUUGGCUUCUCAUCCUACGGGUCGAAAAUGGUACAAUAUGCAGGCCUGGCGUGCUGUCAAUCAGUCGGUUGGAAGGGUCAUUCGACAUCACCGGGAUUUCGGAGCGGUAUUCCUUUGUGAUGCACGAUUCGCUGCGCCUGCGGCAAAAUGUCAGUUACCCAAGUGGAUGCAAUCCAGUCUAUAUACCUACGACGAAGUCCACGUGGCUGUUAAAGAAACAGACACAUUUUAUAAAAGUGCCCGCAUCAAAUACACAGCUCUAGAGGGGAGUUCGCAGAACAAAGCUGGUUCUUACAACUUGGACUCUUCGAAACGCUUCAAUUUGACGAACCAAUCAGGAAAACAUGAGAAUGAGAUCACAGCUACAGCUGCAUCGCUGAAAAGUCUCCUUGGAGAAAUUCGUAUGGCUAACCAAUAUGAGAUUCUUUCUGACUCUCAAGAUGUUGAUUCUAACGAGGAUGAAGCCCUCACCAAAAAACUGAUGCAGGCGAAGCGAUUGCGUGUUACGCACUCAUCAAAUUCGUCCGAAACUUCAGCAGUCCGUUUUUCUAAAGCCGUGCGGACUUAUUUCCAAUCCAGUCAACCCCCUUCACAAAGUAGUGACAGUCUACUACGGUUCAAACAGGCACUUCAAGCAUACAAGGCGACAGUGAGUGAAGCAGGAACUAGCCAGAACUCGGCCAGUACCGAAUGUGUUGAUAAUUUAUUUGCGCAAUUGAAGUCGUUGUUUUACUCGGAAAACGCUCAAAAGUUGCUAAAAGGCAAGUUCGAUUGUAUGCGUGAUCAUGUUGUUCGACAGCCAUCCUAUCCAUCCAGUGUUUUGCUUGCUGAGUUGGAUCGAAUAUGA